AUGAGUGCCAUCGAAAGCUCUUCUGGCCCUUUGAAGUUCAGCAGUACGCCGCCACCAUCCGCUGUCGAAGCACUUGGCAUCCGCCGACAAUAUAAUUCGGAUGCGACGAUAUUACUUGUCGGGUUCUUUGGCGCUGGCAAGAAGACGCUUGGAAUUAUCGCAUCUGUCGCCUUGCGAAGACGCUUCGUUGACUUUGACGCGGUUUUCAAUCAAGAACACAAUUCAUCGCCUCAAGAGUUUAUAGCUCGUCACGGUCUAGCUCGAUAUCGCGAACUCGAACUGCAGAUAUCAAAGGACAUUCUCACAAAACAUGAGAAAGGCUGUGUGAUAGUCGGCCUCGGAGGCACAGCAAGUCCUUCACAGCGAGCUCUUUUGACUGAAUGUGCUCAGCGACAUCCCGUCAUCUAUGUGCGACGAGAUGAGAAUGAUCUGCAACAACUCUCCGGCACAAGUUCCGACAAGUUCAGUCGAAUAUUCGACGUUGUGAAUGCGUUCUUCGAGUCUUGCACAAAUUUCGACUUCUUCAACAAUACUCAAACCGAGUCUCGGGGUGGACCGAUACCGCCUGCAUAUCUCAAGCUCAAGGAGACUGAGAGAGUAUUUGUGGCAUUCUUGCACAGAAUUUUUGGUAGGGAUCAUCGUCAAGUUUUCUCGAUCGAUCCAUUUUCAAAAUCCCAUACAUACGCUCUACAGGUUCCUGUGACAUAUCUGGACCGACCGGAGUAUGACCUGGAAUCUCUCGAGUCCGGCGCUGAUGCCAUUACGCUCCUGGUUCGUCCCAAUGACAUAAAUACGUCCAGGUCGACGGAAAGGCUUGCACGCCAUAUUGCAUUGUUAAGGAAACAUUCCCGCGUUCCGAUUAUUGUCGACUUGUCGGCACCUCAUUCAACACACUCGACAUUCGAUUACCAUAAAACUUUAGCGACUAUCCUUCGGCUUGCCCCAGAUGCUCUCACUUGCUGCCUUGAAUGCGACUCUGGUCUAGUUUCCAAGCUCAAUUCUUCAAAGGGCUAUACGAAGAUCAUCGGAACGGUCCAUGAGCCUAGUCCUAUUGGGUCUCAGCAUCGAGCCCUCACCCCGUCAACCCUCACAGCGCUGGGUGGGGCUUUAGAAUGUGAUGCCAUCCGCGUGACCGGCGAAGCAAUAUCGCCGGAUCAGAACUAUACAUGUUUAUCCUUCGUACACGAUAUGGAGAUGACCUUGAAAAUUCCCAUCAUUGCAUACAAUAUGGGACCAAUGGGACGGGCCUCAGUUUGCCUGAGCCAAACCCUGUCACCGGUCGUUCCUCAGUCCUCGAAGGAGACAGGAAUAACGGUAAGAGAGGCAGAAUCCGCAUUGACUGCGUGUUUCUUGCAGUCGAAAAAGGCCUUCACUAUCUUCGGGCAGAGUGUGAAAUACAGUCUCUCGGCAGCGAUGCAUAACACGGCGUAUGCGGCAUGUGGGCUGCCACAUGUCUACGCUAUCCUCCAAAGUGAAAAUUUAUCAGAUAUUCAUCGACUCUUGGAAGAUAAGAACCAUGGUGGCGUGACGAUCUCUCUCCCCUACAAAACGGCAAUAUUACCUUUCCUCGACGAAGUCACCUCUGAUGCCAAGGAUAUCAACGCCGUCAACACAGUUGUGCUAGAACACACUCAACUUCCCAACGGUGAGAGGGUCACCGUUCGACGGGGUUACAACACUGAUUAUAUCGGUAUAAGGGACUGCAUCCACAAGCAUCUCUCUCCUGCAAAUGCAGUUCGCGAUGGAACCACGGCUUUGAUCAUUGGGGCAGGUGGAAUGGCCCACGCUGCGAUAUACGCAUGCUAUGAACUUGGCGUUCGGAGGAUGUGCAUCUACAACAGAUCUGUUGAGAAUGCAAAGAAACUUGCGGAUUACUACCACCAGUGGGCACAGUCGAAGGGUGGAGUGAAUCUGCAGCUCGACGUGCUCUGCUCGCCAGAGGACCCUUGGCCUUCUGACUGUCGCUUACCCACAAUAGUCACUUCUUGCAUACCGCCAUAUGAACUGGGAAGUGAACGUCCGAUAGAAUUGCUACUGUCGGAACAGUGGCUUGCAAGCCGAACAGGUGGCGUGUAUCUUGAGGUUGGAUAUGGUCCUUCGAGGACUCGAUUGAUGGAGCAAUUCCUCCCACGUGCAUCUAAGGGGUGGGUGGUAGUUGAUGGGCUGAUGGUAUUGGUUGAGCAAGGCAUUGCUCAGUACGAGAUCUUCACCAAGCGGCCAGCACCAGUUCAUGUUAUGCGACGUGCUAUUAAGGAGCAGUCUAUCAGACAUGGAUUUGUUCACUGA